UAUUUUAUUAAAAAAACUAUAGAAAAAGUUAAUACAUAAGUAAUGAAAAAAAGUUUAAUGUGUCAAUUAUUUUGGGACAACCGCAAUAAAUGAAUUCAGGCGACAACAGUAGAUUUAGUGAUGACAAUAAAAUAAAUAAUUUUCCUUGACCCUUUUGUAGGUCAAUCCUAAUCUAACUUUGAAGAUACCAACUACACAAUAUCACUUGAUUUUUGCCACCGAUAGUAAUGUGUCCCACAAUCAUAAAUCAACCUAUGAGUGCCCCAAUCAUGCAUUACUAUUUCACUCCUCAACCUACACCAAUACACCAUCCAUCACAUCUUAUCUUCUCAAAGAAUUGAGAAUUCAACAAAGAAGAACAUUAAGCUAGCUAGGAGUGCAAAAUGGAGGAAGUAACCAAGACAUCAAUACAACCUCAUGUGUUGGUAUUCCCAUUUCCUAUACAAGGCCACAUAAACCCAAUGCUCCAAUUCUCAAAACGCUUAGCUUCCAAAGGCCUUAAAGUCACCUUAGUCACAACCCAAUCACUAUCCAAAUUACUUCCCCCUCAGUCUGAGUCUAGUCUGAUCCAAAUCCGAUCCAUUUAUGAUGGUGUAAAAGACGGCGAAAAACUUUAUCAUGAGGGCUACGUAGAGCUUUUCCAAAGAGUAGUCCCUAUAAGCCUAGCUAACCUUAUUGAAGAGUACAAAGUAACAAGCCACCCUGUGAAGUUCAUAGUGUAUGAUUGUUUGAUAACUUGGGUCUUAGACUUGGCAGGGACGGUUGGGAUCGACGGGGCCCCGUUUUUCACUCAAUCAGCAACCGUCCAUUCCAUACACUACCAUGUUUAUGAAGGAGCAAUAAAGUUUCCCUUUAAAAGUUCAUUGAUUUCAAUGCCUUCAAUUCCUUUAUUAAGGGUUAAUGAAAUGCCUUCUUUGCUAGUUAAUCCAGGAAUAUAUCCUUCUCUCAAUGACCUUAAUAUCAAUCAAUCUUUGAACUUCCACAAGGCUAGUUUGUUGUUCUUCAAUACUUUUGACAACUUGGAAUCUCAGGUACUAGACUGGAUGAGAAGCCAAUGGCCUAUAAAAACAAUAGGACCAGCCAUCCCCUCAAUGUACUUGGACAAACGCUUGGAAGAUGACAAUGAAUAUGGCCUAAGUUUCUUCAAGCCCGAAACCGAUGCUUGCCUACAAUGGCUUGAUGCAAGAGAAACUAGUUCAGUUGUCUACAUUGCAAUGGGAAGCUUGGCUUCUCUUGGAGCAGAGGAAAUGGAAGAAAUAGCUAAGGGUGUAAUAAAUACCGAAAAGCAUUUCUUAUGGGUUGUUAGAGCUUCAGAAGAAGAUAAGCUUCCUCCAAAUUUCAAAGAGGAAAUAUCAGGGAAAGCUUUAGUUGUCAAUUGGUGCCCUCAGUUAGCCGUUUUGGCUCACCGGGCAAUAGGGUGUUUCGUGACACAUUGUGGGUGGAACUCGACUUUAGAAGCUAUAAGUAUCGGGGUUCCCUUGGUGGCAAUGCCUCAGUGGGUAGACCAACCUACCAAUGCCAAGUACAUAAACGACGUUUGGAGAAAUGGUGUUAGAUUAAAGGUUGAUGAAAAGGGUAUUGUAACAAGGGAUGAACUGAAAGCCUGCAUACUAGAAGUGAUGGAAGGAGAACGUGCAAGCGAAAUCAGAAGCAACGUCGCAAAAUGGAAGAAAUUGGCUCAAGAGGCUAUGGAUGAAGGUGGUAGUUCUGAUAGGAACAUUGAGGAAUUUGCUGCUAAACUGAAAAACAUAUAGGAUUUUUUGAUAGCUCAGUAACCUGUUUAUGAAUUGUUAUGCUGCUUGGACUUGUAGCGACUUGCUGUUUGUUACCUUCAGUCGUAAUUGACUCAUUGUACUCCUUCCGGCCUUCAAUAAUACAAUAGAGUAAAUUUUAUA